AUGCUGGAGGAAAAUGAAUCCGAUUCAGAAACGGCCAAAAACAAUACGAAACAAGUUCGCAAACGAACUCGAGACAUACCAUCCACGUCUGUACAUGUAACACCUAUCGCGGAUCCAACGUAUAUGGGGCAGUUAAACCCAGCUCAGAUUGAUCUAGAGACCGAAGGGCAUGGGUGUUGCGGAUUUCUGGUCAUUUUUCUUGUAAUCGUCUUUUAUGUGAUACUUUUCCCUUUAACCAUAUGGUUCUCGUUCACUGUGAUCCAAUCGUUUGAACGCGGUGUAGUACUCCGUUUGGGCAAAUUACGGAAGCAGAACGGAACGUUUAUUUUGGGCUCAGGAAUACAAUUUGUUUUGCCUUGUGUGGACACGAUAAUGAAAGUGGACAUGCGAACGAUCACUGUGACUAUUCCGUCCCAGGAUGUACUCACACGUGACUCAGUCACCGUGGGUGUGGACGCUGUGGUCUAUAUGCGUGUAAUUAAUCCGGCCCAAGCAUUGUUGUGUGUUCAGAAUUGGACCUUAUCGACUGAGCUGUUGGCUGUCAGCUCGUUACGAACGGUAAUUGGGAAUCAUCGUUUGGCUGAGUUGCUCUCCUGCCGUGAACAGAUUGAUGCAAGGUUGAAAACACAGUUGGAUGAAGCCACUGGUCCAUGGGGUAUAAAUGUAGAAAGGGUGGAAAUCAAAGACGUUUCACUCCCGCAAGAUAUGCAGCGGGCUAUGGCGGCCGAAGCACAAGCGACCCAAGCUGCUCAGGCCAAAGUGAUCGCAGCCAAAGGUGAGCUAGAUUCGUCUCAAAUGUUGCAGGAAGCAGCCCAACGUAUGUCCACUGCACCGGGGGCGUUGCAACUUCGUUACUUGCAAACUUUGGCCACAAUAGCCACCGAGCGGAAUUCGACCAUAAUUUUCCCCAUACCCAUGGAAUUGUUGAAUGCUCUGAAGCCCAAAAAGCAAUAA